CGGUUCCCCACCCCCACCCGAUGGCUUAGCCGGUCUGGAUCCCAGCGGCAGGGACCUUCCCCGCCAGCUGUGCAAGAUGGCAACAGCCCACGACAGGGCGGUUUUGCGGAGGAUCUUCCACCCGGACGCGCCUUUCGGGGAGCUCUCCGGCGAGUCGGAGGAGGAGGAACUGGAAGGGGGGGCCCGGGCGGACGAUGCCUUCGACCCGCAGCGGCUGGAGGAAGCCACGCGACUGGAGAUGCAGGGGGUGACCGCGGCCGAAGCCGGAGACCUGGACGACGCCCUGGAGAGCUUUGGCCGGGCCAUCGAGCUGCUCCCCGAGCGAGCCUCGGCCUACAAUAACCGGGCCCAGGCCUUCCGCCUCAAAGGCGACGUGGCGAGUGCUCUGGAAGACUUGGAGACGGUGCUGAGGCUGAGCCAGGAGAGCGGCCCGGUGGCCCGCCAAGGGUUCGUGCAGCGCGGCCUGAUCCAGCGGCUGAGAGGUCGGGAGGAGGAGGCCCGGAGGGACUUCGAACAAGCGGCCCGCCUGGGCAGCCCCUUCGCCCGCCAGCAGCUGGUCCGGAUGAACCCUUACUCCGCCCUCUGCAACCAGAUGCUGUCGGAGGUGAUGAAGCAGCUGCGCGGCCGGCAGAUCCCCCCGGGAGAGGCUUCCUCCGGGGUAGGGGGACCCAGCUGAGAGUCCCGGGGCUCGUCCGCCGGAGGAGCGCGCGGGGGGGGGCGAAUAAAAGAGAGGCCUCUGCAAA